CCAUGGACUUUGUGGUCCAGAUAAUUCGAAUAUCAAGCUUAUUUUCCGGCAGUUUUUAACGAGGCUAAUACAAUACACAUAACCGACAUAAACAUGAAACUAAAUAUCCUCAAACGUGAAAAAUCUGCUUUUUAUGCAGAAAAAACAAAGAUCGCUAGAUUUUCUGUCUUUAUCUAGUUUAUUUCAGAUAAAGUCUGCUUUGCGUCCACCUUCUUACAUAAACAUAGGAUUUGAGCUAGAAUCAUGAAAUGGUGACUGGAUUAUCAGUUCAGAAAAAUAUUUUUGAAUAGGAGGUGCUGUAAGUGCUUAUUGGAAACUUUCUUAAACAUACUCGGGCGCUGUAUAAAAUGUCUUGUACUGAUAUAUCUUCCCAGUACCGGGUGAAAUAAGGUUAAGUUUGCCAUUUCGUUUUGAUUCGGUCACCUGAUCAUUGAAUUUAAUGUUUUGAUUAGAACUGGUAAACAGAAGAGCCGGAAUCGAGAAACUUGAUAAGGCGACAGACUGAACAUCAAACUGAGGAAAUUGUAACUAGAAUAGUGCCGUAAUCAAAUUAAUAACAAGAGCAAGAUGUUGACGUUGAGACGGUUAUUGUGAAUUCUACAAAAAAGUCUAAUUUGCGUGUAAACUUCGGACAAUAUUUGGAGAGAGGAGCGAGAGACAAGCUUAUAGUCUGAGUUUCUCUCGGUAAAAAACAGGUUAAUAAUACAUGGUUGCUCACCUUUGACGAAAGAUGGACAGUUUUCUAAUCAUGUUGUUUACAUAUAGUCGAUAAAUGUCAUUAAAUUCCUCAAGAGGAAUUCCAGUUAGUGAACAAAAUCUUCGAGGUGUGGAUGUGAGUUCAGCAUAUAAGUCACGAAUAACAGCUUGUUUAAAUCGAUCCAUAGGCAUCAUCAGCUGAUAAUUGAACAAACGUGGUAAAAUAGGCAGAAGACACAAUAUUUGUUCACAUUGUACCAAAAUUAUAGCUAUUUUUCUUCGGUCAUUCUCCAAUUCAUGUUGAUUGGCUAAUCUGUAUAAAGUAUUUACAACUUGUACAACAUCAGUGCACAUAUUAGUCAAAAUUCGUAAAGUUAUUUGUCGAUGUGCAUUCAUUUUUAAGGCAAAAGAAGGAAGAAAAUGGGGUUUAGUAGUCUAAAGUAAAAAAUAAACACAACGUCUGCUUAUUUUGCUUUAUUUUCGCGGUUUUUUGUAUUGUUUUAUAUUCUCUUAGAUUAAAUAAUCAUGAUAUUAAUGUUGUUUGACUGGUAACACAUGAGCAAAAAUAUGUCAUUUAGAACGUAUCGUUUGAUUGACGACUGUGAACGAGAAAUAGUGAAAUUAUUGGCCGCCAAAGUGGGAAAAAACUUCGUUUAAUAGUUCAGACGAUAAUCGAAGAUGACUAUGGGCAAAUCAGUGAACAUUAUGAAAAAAUCAAAGAGCGUACUGUUGUUGAACGAAUAAACGAGAUAUUAUCGACUGCUGCUAGAAAUGCUGUUUAGAAGAUUUAUUAUGAGUGAUUUAUCUAAUUAUGAAAGUCUUUUUAUAUUUCUAGGGUUGCUAACGCAAGAGUAAAUAAUUCUUGCAAUUUUGAACCUUUACCGACAGAUACGAUGGAUUAUGUGUCAUAUUCAGAUAAAACUAGUUUUUCUCAACAACACGUCAAUGAUUAUCAAACACCACCUUUUCGCGGUACAGGUCGUUUCGUCUUAUCAAAAACUCAUAGAUGACAUCAAAUAUGUCUAGUAUUUCCGUGAGUUCACCUUCGUAUUUGUCACCACCAUCACCCAGCAGUCAACACCAUCAGCAAGUUCGUAGUUUUUUUAACUUGACAGCUGUUGUGGACUGGUGUGAAACGUUUGCAUAGCUGAAAAUCUGCUGCUAUGAUUUUUAAUAAAAAUUUUAAAGUUAAUAAAAUUAUUUUUUACUCAAACUGAAUCCAUGUAGGCUUAAUCUAUGACUUUUAUGCAAGAGGCAGAACUAUUACGUUAUUCGUAUUUCUGUGUUGGGAAAGGUUUUUCUGAGAUCUGUUGUUUAUUUUAGGAACAUCAAUCCGGAAGAUUAUCAAUCGAUUUUUCGUCUCCUCCUCUUUCUCCAUUAAAUGAUAAAUAUUCUGAACGUCCGGUAACAAAAAAGGUUCCCAAAACUGCAAUAUCCACAAAUGAUCCAGUUGUAUCAGGUACGAACAUUAGCGAUACUGAAGGACAGAUAAAUUCAACACUUUUGGAAUGUACCGAUACCAAUAUUGUUUGUCUUGAAGAAUCAUCAACACAACCACCAGUAGAUCGAAAACCAUUUGGAACAGUUUCUGCGUCAGAUCCUCCUCGUCUUUAUACGGAACAUCAAUUACAACAGCUGUUAACAACAAAUUCACGUGAAAGACCAAGUACAAUUCGAGAUGUGACAAAUUUCGACCGAGAAGAUUUCGAAACAUAUGGAGAACCGAGGCGAAGAAUGCCCCCAAUUACGGCUCAAACGGCUGAAGUUUUGACUGAAGCUGGUCAUCUGAUUCAACGAAUGCACAAAACUAUGGAUGAAGAAUUUGGUCUGGAUCGUAAUUAG